CAGAUGGCGCUGGCAAACGAGCUGGACCAGUGGAGUCGGCGCGGCAUGCGGCUGUCGCUGCCCGAGCUUGCGGUUCGCCCGCCGCCUAAGAACUUCCAGUUAGAGACCUUUGUUAAAGUGGUAGCGGUAGUGGUGAUAGCGGUGUGGACCGGGGCGCUUAUACAAGCUCUAGUCAAACGAGACGCCUUCAGAACCUUCUGGACCACCGAGGAAGUAAAAGAGGGUUCUGUGUGGGAGUACAUAGUGGUGGGGUCGGGCGCGGCCGGCAGCGCAGUCGCCGGGCGGCUAGCGAGCGCCGGCCGCUCCGUGCUGCUCGUCGAGGCAGGCGACGAACCAGCCUUCAUUUCACAAAUCCCUGGAAUAGCACUAGCAUUAGCUGGCUCCGAUAUGGAUUGGGCGUACAAAACUUUACCAAAUACGAAAUCCUGCCUGGGGCUCGACGGCGAGUACUGCCGCUUUGUCCGCGGAAAGGCCCUCGGAGGAUCCACCAGCAUCAACCAGAUGAUGUACACUCGCGGCAACCAGAAAGACUUCGACUUUAACCUCACCGGAUGGACGUGGCAGGAUAUGAAACCCUAUAUUCUUCGUUCCCAAAGACUGAAACCCCCACCUUAUUUACCGAAGACCUCGCUACCGCAUCACAAUAUUUCUGGCGCGAUACCGAUAGAGUACUUCUCGGACUCCGGAAACCCCUGGCACCCGCGAGUAAUCCAGGGUUUUCGAAGCCUGAACUUCCCACAGAAUCCUGACAUGAACGCCGAGUCUCAGAUCGGCGUCUCGCAGAUCCCCGGCUACGUCUCCAACGGCGAGCGAGUGACUGCGGCGCGGGCUUACCUGACAGGAAAAACAGUGCAAAAAAACCUGAAAGUGUUAAAAAAUGCGCAGUGUCUAAAAAUAAUAAUAGAUAAGAACAAUGUCGCCCGAGGUGUAACCGUUCUAUAUAAGCAGAAGAAAGUAUUCAACGUAUUUGCAAAGAGCGAGGUGAUCUUGAGCGCGGGGGCGAUAGGGACGCCUCACAUUCUGAUGCUGUCCGGAGUGGGACCGAAGCGGCAUCUAGAACAGUUCAACAUACCGGUGAAAUCAGAUCUACCCGUCGGUCAGGAUAUGUCGGAUCAUGCUAUGUCACUAGCGCUGAUAAAAGUAGAUCACGGUGCCAGCAACGCCGGCGGUAUUUUGAACCUGGCUAAGAAGGGACUAGAUGCGGUGCAGUGGCUCCUGACGAAAAGCGGCCCGCUGGCGACAGUCGGGUUGGGAGACAUCACGACCUUCGUCAACACCACGUGCUACGAUUUCGACAGGAAACAACUGAGGAACAGUAGCGCCUGUGAGGUCCCGACGAUGCAAACGAUCAUGUCCUACGUGGACAGGGGAAUCAUAAAUCUAUCGAAGCACAUUUUCGAUCGAGUCACUCCCUUCAACACUCAUAUCUGGAAGCAAGUGUUCGACGCCAACGACAACAGCGGCCUGAUGGUGGCGUCGCCGGUGAUCCUCCGGCCUCGAUCCCGCGGGUACGUCCAGCUCACCAGCGCCGACCCUCUGACCCCUCCGACGAUCUUCCCCAACUACCUGCACGAGGACGAGGACGUCGCAGAGCUGGUGCGGGCGAUGAAGAUCAUCCGAGACCUGGCGGAGACUCCCGUCUACAAGGAGCACGAGGCUUCGUUCCUGAAACUGGAGUUUCCCGGUUGCCCGGCCUACGACGCGGAGGGAUACUGGGAGUGCUACGUGCGGCACAUGACGCUGUCGAUCCACCACGCGGUGGGCACGGCGGCGCUGGGGACGGUGGUGGAUGACAGGCUCAGGGUCCGCGGUGUCAGGGGGCUGCGCGUGGCGGACGCGUCGGUGCUGCCGCUGCUGCCGCGCGGCAACACUGCGGCUGCCGUUGUAGCUGUCGGGGAGAGACUCGCCGACUUCCUGCUGUUCAAUUCGUGACGUCACAUCUUUUGAAUAUUUAUAGCCUUUCCGUUCGCCGCCGUACAUGAUCUUUGCCUCAGAUCACCACCCGCUUU